CUUAUUCAUGUUCGCGAUGAAAUUCUGGAAGUGAACGGACAUGUCCUGCUUGGACGUCCAGUUGAGAAUAUUCAACAGUACUUACUUGUUGUCCAAGAGCCAGCCAAUGUGGUGGAGAUUAAGGGUGAUUUAUUCCUUUAUCUCUCUCUCUUUUUUCCGUUACACGCCUCUCAGAUGUUUGUCCGAGCGAUGUUUGACUACAAACCACGCGAAGAUCCCGAACUGCCGUGUCCGGAACUUGGUCAGCCCUUCAACGUCGGCGACAUCCUGGAGAUUGUGGACGCGGCCGACUUCACGUGGUGGCAGGUACGGGGCGUGGGUUUGGUGGUGUGUUCGUGUCGUGUCGUUGCGGUAGCGAUAACUACUCAAAACACUACUCGAUUUUCUUCACUAUUUUCGGCAUCUGGAGAGCAGGCGAGGCCGCACAACUCACGAGCUCACUCACACCCAGCUGGUCUCAUUCCGAGCACCGAUCUGCAGGAGUCGCGCGUCGUGAGGGCGACCAAUGAGGCUCGCGAGGCGCUCAUUGCCGAGGCCCUGAACUUCUCCAACAACACCACUCACCUCUCCAGCCUCCUGAGCCUCCUUAUUCCACGGAGGUCACGUGGUGGCGGCGAGCGAUCGUCAGCGAGCACCAGCAGCACCGGCGCUGGGGCCACGUCUACUGAACUGGCUGUUGCCAUGGGCACUCUCGAACGCACAUUCUCGCACUGGCUGCCUUUUCGACGCAGAUCCAGCCACCACCGAGGCUCCUCACGGCGUCUCCAUCGUCGUGGCAGCAGUCGGCAUCGUGCGAUCUCUGCCACGGCUAGACCGUCUGUCUCUGAAGACGACGACGACGAUGACGCCGACAACGAUGACGAUGGUGACGACGCUGGCGCAGGAGCUAGAGGUCGCCUGAACGGCAACAUACUCGAUGAUCUCUCCAGCCUCGGAGGUACCAUUCCAAGCCAGACCUGUUCCAAGUGCAACUCGCUUCUACGAGCCUCGGUGCCAACUACGAGCGCUCAGCGACGCCAAAAGUGGGCCGAGUCGGCACCGUUUCUCCUCUGCGAGUUGCCCUUCCAGCCUUACGAGGAGGUCGCGCGUCGGCCCGCCUUUCGCUAUCGCACUCUCGUCAUUCUAGGAGCACACGGAGUGGGUCGACGUCCCCUCCGGAAGGCCCUCAUUCAAGCUCGACCCGAUCUCUUCGGCGCUGUCAUCCCACGUGCGUUUUUUUUCCUCUUUUUGGUGUAG